UUUGCAGCUGGCUGCAUCAGUAGAAUAUGAUACCACCUCCUCCGAAUACAUCGUCACUUACGUGUACACCUGAAGAAGAAUCAGAAAAUUAUAAAGCAGUGGAGAAUAUGUUUGCUACACUUUAUUUCUUUUUACCGUUCAGUGCUUUUGCUGCUUUAUUAGCAAACGUAAUAUACUUAAUAGUUGUAACUGUUGGAAUUCGAAAAGGAAAAUUACCUUUAAAACGAUAUGCACUUACUAUAAACCGAACGUGUGCCGACAUCUUCACAAUUCUCGUUGGCACCUAUUUUUAUAUGAAACAAAAAAUGGAUCGAUGCGAUUCUCACAUCUGCCUUCCAGUGGAAACUGAUAUGUCACGAUAUGUACUUCAAGUUGUUUUUGUUUUAAACUAUUGGUGUGUAAGUCUAUCAUAUUCUGGAAUUGCUGUACUUACUAACUAUGCAGUAAGAGCUCCUUUGCAGUACAAGGUCAACUUGACAUCAAUGAAAGUUGCCAAAUAUAUACUCAUGGGAUGGAUUGCACUUUUGUUUUGUUUUUUACUAUGUAUUUUAUUAGUUCAUCAAGGUGAAUUAGAUUAUAACAGCAAUUCGGUUAUUCAUUUGUUUCUUGAUGAUUUCGAUUCUGAUGAGUUCAUCGGAGAAUGGCUUGUUGACCUCUGCAAUCACAUAAAAUCUCAUCCGGGUUCGCGGAGCCUGAUUGUCACAAUUCUUCCACCAAUUGUCUUUUAUUGCAUCUCUGUUGUCAGUUAUGUAUUCAUUAUUCAUCUUCUUUUCUCAAGACGAAAAGUAUCCUCAUAUCAUCGACAUUGGGGUUCCAUGCUUCGCCUCGGUAUUCAUUUGAUUUUAUUUGCUGGAACAUGUGCAUUGACUGGAACUGCCUAUCUUGGAUCAUUUUCUAUUGGAGACAUUUGUGAGAAUUAUAAAACGAAUGAACCAAUGUGUCUUGACCCAGUUGUACUGUAUAUGUGGAAUACAGCAGCUGCCCUUAUCGGAUGGAUAUGUCGAAUGGUUAUUGAUGCAACAGUUGAUACGUUUAAUGACGACGUGCUUCGGCGAACGUUUUUCAACAGUAUUCGACAUCGCUUGCUAACUGGUCCCACUAACACGGCUAACGAUACUAAACUAAUUUUGAAUCAAAUAGAGAUAUCAUGCAACAAGACAUCGACGGGACCAUCUAGAAAAACUGAGAGUGUGCAAAUGGAAUCAUUAAUGAAGAUUAAGCCAUCAAGGAGUAGGAGACUGAAAAUAAAUGCUCAGAAAAGUGCAACAAUUAUAGAAGAAAAUAUAGCCUAAAUAAUAUUAAAUCUCUUUCUUUUUGUUGUUUUUUUAAACUUUCAAAUGAACUUUUUUUGUUUUACUGGGUUGAUAUCAACUGAUAAAAUAAAUAAUUUACU